UAUAUACUUCGAUACGAGCCCAGAGAUCGCGGCUGGAGGAGCGUGGAGGCUGUUUACUGUAACCGGCCGCACGGCGCGUCUCGCGAGCGGAACAACGAGCGCAGAGAAGCGGCGAAGAGUCGCACCUGCCGCGGAGCGUGGACAACAAAGACUGAUCCCGAGCUGAGCCCCGAGACUCCUCCGACUCCUCUUCAUGUGUUCGGCAGGCCAGCGAGUGGAAGAGGUCUGCGCGCUCCAGAAGCCGCGUUCGGACUUCCAUCUUGCGGGCCGAUCCGAGCCGAUCCGAGCCUGGCGGGUUUAAUUUUAGCUCCGCUUGGACGCGCACCGCACUGCAACCUGGACAUCUAAUAUAUAAGGGCCGAGAAUAGAUUUAAAAAAAAAAAAAAAAGAAAAGCGUUGCAGGAUCUCACCAGUGUUUUAAUUAUUUAAGUUUUUUGUUUCUUUUUUAAACCGUACCGUCCCGGUUUGACGGUCGCCGUCAGCCGCCCGAUGUCUUCAAUGUUCCCUUAAAAAAUUGCGGAACUAUGUGGGUCAGUCCCGAAGAUGUGCUGCUGGCAGGAGCGUUAUGGAUCACAGAGAGAGCAAAUCCGUAUUUCAUCCUCCAGAAACGGAAGGGCCACGGGGAUGGAGGCGGAGGACUGGCGGGUUUGCUGGUGGGAACCUUGGACGUUGUUCUGGACUCCAGUGCUCGGAUGGCCCCAUACAGGAUCCUCUACCAGACCCCUGACUCUUUAGUUUACUGGAUCAUUGCUCAUGGAACCUCUCGUAAGGAGAUUACGGAGCACUGGGAGUGGCUGGAACACAACCUGCUUCAGACGCUCUCCAUCUUUGAAAACGAGAACGACAUUACCACGUUUGUGAAAGGAAAAGUCCAGGGCAUCAUCGCAGAGUUCAACAAGAACCACGAUGUGAAAGAGGACGACGACACCGACAAGUUCAAGGAGGCCAGCGCCAAGUUUCGGAAGCUGUUCGGGAUGCCGGAGGAGGAGAAGCUGGUCAACUAUUACUCCUGCAGCUACUGGAAGGGCAAAGUGCCUCGACAGGGAUGGCUCUACCUCAGCAUCAACCACCUCUGCUUCUACUCCUAUUUACUGGGAAAAGAAGCCAAACUGGUGGUCCGUUGGGCAGACAUCACCCAGCUGGAGAAGAGCGCCACCCUCCUGCUGCCCGACGUGAUCAAAGUGAGCACCCGCUCCAACGAGCACCUCUUCUCCGUCUUCCUCAACAUCAACGAGACCUUCAAGCUGGCCGAGCAGCUGGCCAACAUCGCCAUGCGCCAGCUGCUCGACAACAAAGGCUUCGAGCAGGACCGCUCGCUGCCCAAGCUCAAGAAGAAGUCGCCCAAGAAGGUGUCGGCGCUCAAGAGAGACCUGGACGCCAGAGCGAAGAGUGAGCGCUACCGAGCGCUCUUCCGUCUGCCCAAAGACGAAAAGCUGGACGGACACACGGACUGCACCCUGUGGACUCCCUUUAACAAGAUGCACAUCUUGGGGCAGAUGUUCGUCUCCACCAACUACAUCUGCUUCACCAGCAAGGAGGAGACGCUGUGCAGCCUCAUCAUCCCCCUGCGUGAGGUGACAAUCGUGGAGAAGGCAGACAGCUCCAAUGUGCUGCCCAGCCCGCUCUCCAUCAGCACCAAAAACCGCAUGACAUUUCUAUUUGCUAACCUGAAGGACCGAGACUUCCUGGUGCAGAGGAUCUCAGAUUUCCUGCAGCAAACCACCUCCAAGAUCUACCUGGAGCGGGAACUCAACAGUAGCCUCAACAGUUCAGACGAUGAAGUUUACUCCCAGCAUGGAUCCCUGCUCUCCAGCAGUCCGCAGCACAGUUUGGGUUCAGAAAGCGAGCGCACAUUCAACCUGAAUGACAGCAGCGUACCCACAGCCACACAAGCCCUCAUGACCAUGUAUCGCCACCGCACACCUGAGGAGUUUAAUCCCAAACUGGCAAAAGAGUUUCUGAAGGAGCAGGCGUGGAAGAACCACUUCACGGAGUACGGGCAGGGGGUGUGCAUGUACCGCACGGAGAAGACCAAGGAGCUCGUCCUCAAGGGGAUUCCGGAGAACAUGAGAGGAGAACUGUGGCUGCUUUUCUCUGGAGCAAUCAACGAGAUGGCCACUCACCCCGGAUAUUACGAAGACCUGGUGGAGAAAUCGAUGGGAAAAUACAAUCUGGCAACGGAGGAGAUUGAGCGGGACCUGCACCGCUCUCUGCCGGAGCACCCGGCCUUUCAGAACGAGAUGGGGAUUGCUGCCCUGCGCAGGGUCCUCACCGCCUAUGCAUUCAGGAAUCCCAACAUUGGAUACUGCCAGGCUAUGAAUAUUGUGACGUCGGUGUUGCUGCUGUAUGCCAAAGAGGAGGAGGCCUUUUGGCUGCUGGUGGCGCUCUGCGAGAGGAUGCUGCCUGAUUACUACAACACGCGGGUCGUAGGAGCUCUUGUUGACCAGGGCGUGUUUGAGGAGCUUGCUCGGGAAUACGUCCCGCAGCUGUACGACUGCAUGCAGGACCUCGGGGUCAUCUCCACUAUUUCGCUGUCCUGGUUCCUCACCCUCUUCCUGUCCGUGAUGCCGUUCGAGAGCGCCGUGGUGGUGGUGGACUGCUUCUUCUACGACGGCAUCAAGGUCAUCUUUCAGCUGGCGCUGUCCGUCCUGCACGCCAACAUCCACCAGCUGCUGAGCUGCAAGGACGACGGGGAGGCCAUGACUGUACUGGGGAGGUAUUUGGACAGUGUCACCAAUAAGGACAGCACCCUCCCUCCCAUCCCCCACCUGCAUUCUUUACUAACUGAUAAUGGAGAACCGCACCCAGAGGUCGACAUCUUCAAACUGGUCCGCAGCUCUUAUGAGAAAUUUGGCUCAAUCCGAGCAGAUGUGAUUGAACAGAUGAGAUUCAAACAGAGACUGAGGGUCAUCCAAACCAUUGAAGACACAACUAAACGCAAUGUGGUCAGAACGAUUGUCUCGGAGACUGCCUUCAGUAUUGACGAGCUGGAGGAGCUCUUUGUGCUCUUCAAGGCCGAGCACCUGACCAGCUGCUACUGGGGCGGCAGCAGCAACCCCACCGAGCGCCACGACCCCAGCCUGCCGUACCUGGAGCAGUACCGCAUCGACGUGGAGCAGUUCAAAGGCCUGUUCAACCUGCUGUUCCCCUGGGCCAACGGCGCCCACUCCGACCCCCUCGCCGUGCGAUUCUUCCAUCUCCUCGAUCAAAACGGAGACGCGCUCAUCAACUUCCGCGAGUUCAUCAACGGGUUCGGUGUUCUGUGUCACGGGGACCUCACCGACAAGCUGAAGCUGCUUUACAAGAUGCACGUCUUACCUGAGAUCACACAUGAGCAGGAAGAGCCGGACUCUGCCUUUGAAGCCACUCAGUAUUUCUUCGAAGACAUCACUCCAGAAACAUCCAUUGGCCACGACUCAAAGUGCAGAAAUGAGAAGGAUGAUGGCUUUGUCAGAGUUACAUUCAAAACUGAAAAAGUGAAGAAGCUGAACACUCCUGACUACGGUCAUUACCUGAAACUGUGGAACCAAGAGCCAAAACCAAAACGAGAAAACACAAAAGACCUCCCAAAGCUGAAUCAGAGCCAGUUCAUCGAACUUUGCAAGACUCUCUACAGCAUGUUCAGUGAGGAUGUUGCGGAGCAAGAACUGUACCACGGCACAGCGACCGUCACCAGCCUGCUGCUGGAGAUGGGCGAGGUGGGGAAGCUCUUCUCCUCCUCGGGCAGGAAGGAGUUCAGCCAGGAGGGCCGACCAGAGACCGGCAUGUGUACAGGAGACGAUCCCAAACCAACCAAGGAGGCUCAGGAUCUGGGAGACGUCUUCAGCCGCACGGGCCAUGAAAACACGUUCGAGGAGGGGAAGGGGGACGAAGGAAGCGAGCAGAUGCCGCCGAUGCAAGACAUCAAACUGGAGGACUCGUCUCCCAAAGACGCGGGCACGUCGUCCGCCAUGCUCAUCUCGGACGACGAGACCAAGGACGACACGUCCAUGUCGUCUUACUCGGUGCUGAGCGCGGGCUCCCACGAGCUGGACGAGAAGCUGCAGUGCGAGGACAUCGCGGACGACACGGUGCUGGUGCGCAGCGACAGCGGGACCAACGGCGAGCGGGGCGGCGGGCCUCGCGGCGGCGGGCCCAACGACCGGGGGCUGCCGCACAGCACGAGCAUCGACAAAGACUGGGCCAUCACGUUUGAGCAGUUCCUGGCCUCCGUCCUCACCGAGCAGGCCCUGGUGCAAUAUUUUGAGAAGCCCGUAGAAGUGGCAGCUCGCAUAACCAACGCCAAGAAUGUGCGCAAAGCGGGGCGCCCCCUGCUGUCGACGAGUGACUAUGAGAUCUCCCUGUCCGGGUGAGAUUGACUUUCGCUGUUCGAAAAGAAAUAAACACGAUUAUCAGUCAGUGAUGUUUUUUUUUGUAAAGAAUGAAGGUACAUGUAAAAUAAGUGUGUAUGGUUGUUGAAUGAUUGUGAUUAAAACUGCUCCUAGCAAUGUAUUUUACCAGAAAUGAAAGACUUUUAACUUAACAAUCAAUAGAUUCUGCUCUGAUGAAAUCAGUGUGUUAUGUAGUAGCUGUACUUUAUAAAACAUUAUGCAUAGGUGGUAAUACUGUAUUCUCUAGUACUCUUAGGCUAUUUAGAUGUAAAUGUCCACAGAUACAGUUCUCGUUCCAACUUGGGAUAUUGAUCGUCUACUGCUGCCGUACAUACAAUAUGAUGAUCUUACAUUAUAUCUGGUCAAACUGUUGCUUCCUUACUUUACAGUUCAUUUUGCUGCUAAUCCAGAAUGUUAAAGAUAUUUCUUAUUGAUUGAAAUAUGGAAAACUUCUAAGCUAUGAAAAUUAUUGGUUUGAUUUUCCUCUGUUGCUGUUAUCAAUCUUUUCUUUUCUUUAAAAUGUUCUUUUUCACUUUAAAGCCGUGUACCACUUUGGACAAUUAUGCUAUUUUUAGUACGUGUGACCCCUGGAUCAUUCACCUUCAAAAAUACUGUUUCCUGUAGUCACUUCACAUCAUUUUACAGUGUCAUAUUCAACUAUAGCAAAUAACAUCCAGGUAGACAUGAUGCAACUACAAUGUUCUCACCUGACAAGAAACCAACAGAUCAGGAACUAUGUUUAAAGAAAUGAUGAUGACACCAGAACGCUGUCGGGAAUCUGCAAUUUUUUAUGUUUACACGGUAUCGUGAUUUCACGUGAUUUUAUGUAUUUGCCUGCCUUUUGCCACACUGUCGUCUGCACUGCAGACAUUUUUUGUUUUUUGUUACAUUUUUACUGUUAACUUAGCAUUUUUCACGUUGCCUUUUCUUUUAAAAAAAUUCAGUUUUUAAAAAUUUCAGUUUCCGUCCCUUCUCGUUUUGUUCUGAUGUGGAAUUCUCCCGUUCUAAAAGUCCACUGGUUGUUACUCCGGAUGCUGAUGCAUUGUGUGUCACUCCAUUCAAAUAAAAUUAGUACGACUGACUC